AUGUCCGUAUCUUCAACCGCACUGCGCCGGUUCUCACGUCUCACUUUCACUUCUUCGUUCUCAGCUUGCUCGACAGCGCCGCUGUCCCGUUCUCCUCUCGUUGCUGCUGCACAGUUUCCCAGACAGCAGACAAAGACCUUGAGCAGCACGGCUUUCAAGAUGUUCAAAGAACAACGCAUUGAUCAAUCGCGUGGCGAGGAGACAGAGGGCCUGUCCGAAUGGAAGAAGCGCGCGCCGUACCGCGUGCAUGACGACAUGAAGAAGUUCGAUGUCAAGUAUGAGGCCAAUUGCCAUUGUGGUAAGGUGUCGUACCAGUUGAGUCGGAGGGAGCCAUUGGACAGUAAACUCUGUCAUUGCACAACUUGUCAGACGCAGCACGGUAUGUGUAUUAAUUAA